AAUUACUAGUUCAUGCCUUUGACGGCUAACCAUCAAUUCGCUCCGCGUUCAAAACACGCUUGGUUCUCGUAUAUAUUUAAAAAAAAUCGCAUUCAAUGUUGCAACAAAUUGCCAAGUGACCGGUCACGUGACUACACCUACGAGGAGCGGCCGUCCAACAGAUUUCGCGAACGAUCGGCACGCGCUCGAUCGGGUUCUACGAUCGCGAUCCAUCGGUUUUGCGCGAUCGUUCUUUCGACCCCGAAAUCAUCCGGUGGUGGUUUCCCCACGCAAAUUUCGCACGAUCACGAUUCUGCACGAGAUUCUCUCGUUCCGAGACUCACGAUCAUGAUCUCUCUUCAGUCUCACAAUCAGGUCUUGUACCAUCUGACGCAGCUGGCGUGUAUAGCGAAUCCUAGGACAACUUCGUAUUCGGUUCAAGUUAAGAAACAGGAUGAAUCCUUACAAAAGAAAAAGAACGCGGAGGAGACAGCAAUUUGUCCUGAUAGUCUUAAGGAGGCAGCGAAAAAUUGUACCGAGCUACCAGAGAUAAAUUUAAGCACUUCAAACGUAUUACGAAUGAAGGACUGUAAGGUGUGCUUAAUGCUGAAUAACGUAGCUGUCAGUAUAUUUAGAAGACCUUUGGAAGAGAAUAAUAAGUGGAAAGUGUCUUACUUAUCCGGCCUAAGUUUUGCUGAGAACAGACGAGACUUUCCAUGCUCCUCGUUCACAGAGCCCAUUAUUCUACCUGUCGUUCAUCUAGCGUCAAGACAACAAAACAGACUGCUGCACACAUGGUACAGCAAGAAGCUACACAGUCAUAUACCGAUUCGUACAUUCAAGUCCCAACGUAAUAUAAAAAUGGAACUGGAGCAAAACCCACCGUUCAUGAACAGAAUAAAGAAAUGGCUUGGCCUGUCUUCUAAUACACAAAUGGGUUUGGUAUCCGAGUUGAAGGGCUCGGAUUAUGAGAAACUAAAACAAAUUUUUAACAAUACUGACGCAACGACGGAUGAACAGAAGAGAAUAAAAAUUGCUUUCGUGGAGGGAUACGAAUCUGGAUUACAGCGCCAGACGCGAGGCCAUGCCAAUUCGUGGCUGAAAAUCAUACAAACUGUGUUUAGUCUCUCUGCUCUUGGUCUUAUAAUUGUGCUUUAUUUUAGCUAUCAAUCAGGGGUAUUCAAGCUUCCUAUGACUCAUAGGAUUGAAAUUGAUCCUGAAGACAUCCAGGUCACUUUUAAUGAUGUUAAAGGGGCAGAUGAGGCAAAGCAAGAGCUUUUGAAUGUAGUAGAAUUCUUAAAAAACCCUGAAAAAUUUUCCGUUCUCGGCGGAAAGUUGCCGAAGGGAGUAUUGUUGGUCGGCCCGCCAGGAACAGGAAAAACAUUGUUAGCGCGUGCAGUCGCUGGAGAAGCCGGUGUACCAUUCUUCCAUGUGGCAGGCCCUGAAUUUGAUGAGGUCCUUGUUGGCCAAGGCGCCCGACGUGUCAGAGAGUUGUUCAGAGCGGCGAAAGAAAAGGCACCGUGCGUAGUGUUUAUUGAUGAAAUAGAUUCCGUGGGAGCAAAAAGGACGAACUCAGUUCUCCAUCCUUAUGCGAAUCAGACAAUUAAUCAAUUACUUUCUGAAAUGGAUGGACGCAAAGAUCUUGACAAAGCGCUAAUGCGUCCUGGCCGUUUCGAUGUUGAGAUUUAUGUUAAUAAGCCUGACUAUUUGGGUCGUAAAGAGAUAUUAGACCUCUACUUAUCCAAAAUAUUAACACAUGAAGUAGAUACAGCUUAUUUAGCACGCUGUACUACAGGAUUCACUGGAGCCGAUCUCGAAAACAUGGUAAACCAAGCUGCAUUGCGUGCAGCAAUUGAUGAAGCAGACUACGUCACUAUGAAGCACUUAGAGUAUGCUAGAGAUAAAGUAUUGAUGGGUCCAGAGGGCAAGCUAAGGUUACACGAUGAAGAAGUCAAUCGUCUCACAGCAUACCACGAAGCAGGGCAUGCUCUAGUAGCAUUUUACACGAAAGAUGCUACGCCGCUUCAUAAAGUCACCAUUGUGCCACGGGGAGCAUCGUUAGGCCAUACUUCCUAUAUGCGUGAGAAGGAUGUUUAUCACGUCACAAAGUCACAACUGUUAGCCGAUAUGGAUGCUAUCAUGGGUGGCAGAGCUGCAGAAGAAUUAGUAUUUGGGCCGGAAAAAGUGACGACAGGAGCUGCUUCCGACUUAGAGGAGGCGACAAAGAAAGCGGAGAUGAUGGUAAAGAUUUUCGGAAUGUCGGAGAAGGUGGGAUUCAGGUCAAUAGUGGAGAAUAAGAAGCUUUUCGGUAACAGCAUCACGUACGCGCCAAGCACGGCCGAGCUCAUCGACAAUGAAAUAAAACGGCUUUUACAGGAAUCAUAUGAACGUGCAAAAGCAAUUUUAAAAACGCACAUGAAAGAACACAAACUGCUAGCAGAAGCUUUAUUGCAGUAUGAGACAUUGGAUGCGGAUGAUGUAGCUGCCAUAGCAAAUGACACGGGACUUAGUAAACGAGAACCGUCUGCAGAUUCAAAGAGACCGACGAAACGAUCUUAAUCUAAGUGUAAUUAUUUGAGGACAUUUAUUGAAACGAUAGGAAUCAGUUUCUUCCUGGUCUGUGUUUGUUUAAUAAAAAUUUGGGCAAUCCAUUUUUUUCUUAAAAAAAUGGAAAUCAUCGAGAUUAUCGACAAUUUCAUCUUCCCUUUGCACUUGAGAUCCGCAAUCGAAGAAUCGCAAGGUGCUUGGCGAGUAUAAAAGUAUAUCAUAAAUAUAAUAAACUUUGAUUUACUAUAUUAAAUGGUCAUAGAUAUAAAUUAUAUUGAAUUAUGUAUAUACAUAUACACAUAUCUCAAGACUUUU